AUGGCCCUCCACCCCAACUCAACCAUCGCCCUCAUAAUCGUCUUCGCAUUCAUCUUCUGCGUUGGGCUGGGGUUUUUGAGUUAUAAAGCUUUGCAGAAUUGUGCACAAACUGCGUAUGUAUUAUUUCAUAUGGCUGAUUUGAAGGAGGAGGAGGGGGCUGCUACUGCGACUGCUGGCUAA